AUGGCCAACAAGAGACAUUGCAAUCAGAGCCACCACAUCAAGAUCCAUUCUAUGAGCAUCAAUCACAUCAACCAUUCCCGCAAAGAGGCUCGGCAUCCAGCGUUAAGAGAAGCACCGAGAAGAACAGAUUGUCAGUGCGCCAGCAACAGUAUUGUGAUCGCCAACCCAAACGACCGCGUGCGAGGGGCGAUACAGAGUUUGUUUCCGGAAGUGCAUUCUUUUGCCAUGACGUCGCACGAGUUCUUUUCUGCGCUUGAAGAUCAGCGUCAAGAGAAAGAGAGUCUGCAGAUGCGGGGUUGGGGAGGAAGCUUCGGGUUGAUAUGGCUGGAUUACUGCGGGACUUUCUCGUCCAUCGCAGGGAGGAAACGGCAGAAAGACGUUCUCACCAUCUUCAAGCUGGGGCUCAUCUGCAAUGACAGCCAUGACGGUAUGCUUGUUCUGACGCUCUCGUUACGAGGGAGCCCACAGAAUUAUCAGCACGACGUCGUUGACUCGGUUGUCGCUUUUGUCUGCCAUGCUGCGGAUGCAAAUGAUGUGAUUGCAAGCCAUGUGGGUACAUGCUCGUAUAAAGUCUCUUGUCAGAUGUACACGCUAUCAUUCUAUGCAAGAAAGAAGCCUCUCAGUGCUAUUCAAGUUGAUGUCCCAUCGGAAAUUGAAGGCUCAAUCUUGGCGAUACGGCCCGAGGAGGAUCGGCAGAUCUGUUUUUUCCCUGGGAGUUGGAAGAUGCUUUCAACCAAAGACAAGCUGCUUCCGGCAGGCUCUGCAAUGCUAAGCACAUCAAGCAUUGUUUGCAAGCUUGUCAGGAAAAUUCUGAAACGCUCAGUGAAUGCUUGCAUACAAGAGAGCAAACUCUUCUAUAUGACAACGAACUUGUGCAAGAGUGGUGAUGAGUAUGUAAGAGCGAUACACCUUCUGGUUGGCGAUCCAGUUGAUGUAAGCCUUGCAACACGGCUGUUACGUUCCCUUCCCCAUGAUGUCGAAGAGCGCGUCUUGCUUGCGAAUAAGGAGUUCCAUGAGACGAUCAGUCAAGCUAUGACUGAAAAAGGUCAGGGGUCCUGUCUUGGCGAUAACAAGUUCGACUUUAUUUGGCUAGGGUAUGAGAGCUACAAAUCUUUCUCUGCAAGAGACUUGCAGCACUGUUACUCUUGGAGCGACAUCAACGACCUCUUCAGUCACGGUUUGCUACGAACUUGCGGGGGGUUAGAGUGUUUGGUUGGAAUCUGUAUCAACCAUGCUUCGAACGGAGAGUGUUGGUCGGGGUCCUGUGUUGACUGGCUUGUCUUUGGAUUCCAACUAGUGGCUGCCAAACAUGGUUUCGACGCCAGGACUUUGGCAGUAGUUCAGUAUUGUGUAGAGUGCCCAAGGCUAUCCUGUGUUUUCCUAGUGCAGGAGAGCAAGAAACUUGUCACAAAAUCUGAAUGCGCUCAAAAUGAAAUGAGUAAGGUUGGAGCCACCGAGGAAGUGGCAAGUAGACAUCUGGAGCAGAAAUCUUGUGAAUCAGUUUCAGACUACCUUCGUGUGGUCCACGAGUGUGUCGAUACGAUCAACGACGUUGCUGUUUCAGGCUGGAAAGUUCAGAUAGGAUGGGAUCUAGAUCGGGAAAAGGUUCCUGUGAGGUCAAGCUUCAAAUACAAGAGAAUCAGCUCGCAAGUGUCCGAUCUUGUUGCGGACAUUUCUGGUCAAAGGCAUCUUGCUACACCCUCUGGCCGCAACGUGUCGAUUCUCCUGCAUGAGCCAGGGUUCUCCUGCAUUCUUCCUGUGCUGCUGCGCAUGACUGCUCGGCCGAUGCCGAUUGCGCCCGACGGUUCAACGUUGGUUGUUGAUUGUGUCACGGUAGACAAACUUCAGGUUUGGGAAAGGCUUGUCAUUGGCUGGAUCACGGCAAAGAGAAAUACAUCGGCAGUAUACGGUCUUGUCAUGCUAGCAGAGGCGUCCUGCAAGCAAGCACCAAUUCUUCUUGAGCACAGAUUACGGGAGGCGGCAACGAGUGCUGCAUUAGAUUUGCAGCCAUAUGCUUCUGAGUCCUUCAGCAGUGAAAGCUGCAACUACCACUGGGCGAGCUACCAGUGCUCCCGGACUCUCAACGGCAGUGCCGAACCUGACUCGAUCCUUGCCAGCUGCGGUGCCAUGAGCGACACAAGAUGCCAUGAUUCGCCGGGCGUCUACUUCCUUGAUUGCACUGGUUAUCUUCCUCCAUCGAUGACCCUGCUGGAUGUCUGCCUCGAAGAUUGCGAGGUCGAGCUCUCUUCUGGUGGAGAGAACAAAUGUCUGAGAGAUAUCCUGAACGAUCUUGAUGGUUGUGCAUACUGGAAUGCCACUGCACAAGAACAUAGCGCGUUCGAUCUUUCUCUCUGUGAAGACUUGCUGUUUCAAGGCACGGAUUGGGGGAGGUUGUUUGUAGAGAAACAUAACGUGUCGUCGAGUAUAUUAGAACAGCUCGUGUCAGUCUAUAUGUGGGUGAAAUCAGACAUACCAUCUGUCAUGUCUUCCAUAUUCACCCUGCAUGCGUCUGCGUCAUCGGAAAGGCUGUUUUUAACUGGAGUGAGAUACCUCCAACUGAUAGUGAGCUCAUUGAAAACAUUCUACGACAUCUUCGGAGAUGAGAUCAUGUAUUGUGGGCCCUGCCAUGCUGACUUCGCGGACGAUCUUUUCACUGGAGGGAACUUGACUUGUCUGAGAGCAAAUGACGUUCGGGUUGUAAUGCCAAGAGUUUGUUCAGUCGGCGCCGUCUUCACCUCAGACGGUCCAGGCGCAGGAUGCCUUCACGUGAACUGCGAGCACGUGGUCGGGUAUAGGAUGAGCGUUCUGGACCUUGGUGCGAUCUUUGAGGACUCGAUUCUUGUGCAUCCUCGGCAGGUUUGGAGAGUUUUGUCUCAAGAGAACAAGAAAGACAAGGAAGUUCGCACAACAUGGCAGCUGCUGGAUGUAAGCGGCAAGGAGGAUUUCGUUCAAACUUUGGAGGCACCGUUAGAUUUGGAUGACUUCACGUUGACUGUGAAAGAAGAUUUCUUGGACCCCAGUCACUCCAUCGUCGAAGAACAAACGCUCAUCCGAAAAGUUUCCUUCAUCUCCAAACCAGAUUUUCUCAAGUGCACUGGAAUCGUCAGCCUCUGUCCCCAUGAGAACAGUCUGCACAGCAACCUCGUUCGACAUGCCCGUCAUCUUUGCAGUCUCAGCCAUCAGUCCCUCGCUCCUUAUCUUCCCGCGUCAAACUCGUCGGUUAUGCUCUGCUCCAUCAAAAAACCCUCCGGCGUCUCCCUCCACGAGCUUAUAGAGCGCAAGGAGAUCAAGACCGAGGAGAGCAAGAUAGAAAUCUCACAUCAGAUCAGCGAUGGGUUGGCUUACCUGCACGACCAGGAGCUCUCUCACGGAUCCCUUGACGCCAUGAACGUUAUACUGACUUCAACUUCGAGCGUCCAACUCGUCGACUUUGGCUGGUUCAAGGAGUUUUCGCCUGUUGACAUCUGCAAAAGAAGUCUUGAUAGCGAACAUCAGAUUCAGAGAAGUCUUGACCUUCGCAACUUGGGGGUUGUGAUGCUGGAAAUGCUCUCGGGAACGAUCUGCGGGGGAAAGAAGCCAGUGAGCCAAGAGAACUUGCGGCUUCUGUUCGACAAGAAUGUCGACUGCAAACUCGGGAAACUAGCCCACGAUUGCUUCUAUGGUAUUGAAGGCGCUCGACCUAGUGCAAGGUAUGCCGCAUGGUUCUUAUCGCAUCUCAAUGGGGAAACCAAGGACGAUUCUGUUUGCGAGUCUUCCACGAAUAUUUGUAUCCGCCAUCACGCAACUUGCGUUCAAUUUACUCUCGAGAUCAAGGAACUGAUCUUGAAAAUGGAAGCCGCUGAUGAUGAAGAGAGAAUAUUGUUCACCUUGCAAACGAUUCAUGGAUGGUUUCCUUCCAGCUCUCAGAACGAAUACGACAAUAUGCAGUUGCAUGAAAGUUGCAGAUGUAAAGUUUUCAAGUGUUUCUAUCGCUCUGCGGUAAGUGCAGGACUGAUGAACUGGAUGCUGAAAGUGAUGGAAAGAUGCAAUCAAAGUGUGUCAGUUUUCACCGAGUGUUGUGCUUGCCUCAAGGUGCUGAUGAGGGACGAAACAUGUCGCAGAUGUUUCCAAAAGGUGAAAGGGCUGAGCAUUUCUGCAGUGUCCUUAUCAACCUUGGCGUGUGAGGAAGAAGUUAUCAGCUCUGCUUGCUCACUCCUCGCAGCUCUACAAUCGCAUGGGGGGAUGAGGGAUGACGAUGACGUGGAGCAAGAAAAGGAUUUUGAUGAUGGGGCGAUCAAGAUCUUGUCAACUGUCCUGCAGAACAUGAAAGAUAGUGACCGCCCUCAAGGUCAGAUAUGCUCGUUGAGAUGUCUUGUGGACCUAUCAAGAGACCCUUGGAUCGCAAACCAACUUGUCAAAGUGAGCGCAACAGAUGCUGCGUUCGAAGUCAUGCAAUCAUCUUGCGAUCAGCGUGUUAAGCUCCUAGCUUGCUCCCUUGUCUGCGAGGUCACAAGUCAUGUGAGACUGAAAGACUCUGACAUGCGAGAGGAGCGAAUGAAGACAACUGUCGAGGUGCUGAGGAGAGCCUGUGAGGAGACUGACUGCGAGCUUGCUCGAUGCUGCUCCCUUCUCAUUGCAAACAUUCUCAAAUCAAGCAGCAAAUCUUUGGGCAUGCUGGAGAAGAUGGGAGGAAUCCCAGUUCUGAUAGAGGGAUUGGACCUGUUUCCUCAUGAUCGACAAGUUGCUGAAAACGUGUGUGUAUGUCUGCACACUCUUGCGCACAACAACCUGAAGCGAAACAUGUUGAUCUCUGACCUGCAUGGAGUUGCCAAGGUGAUCAUGUGCAUGCAAACGCAUUCAUCGGACGCAGCAACGAUGCUGGCGGGAUGUCGCUUGAUGGGAUCGCUGGCUAUGAACAACUACAAGAACAAAGAAGAAAUCGCGCGGAGGCGGGGAGUUGAGCUGAUCCUCGAAGCGGUCACACUUUCAGUCUGUCAUGAGAUGUUGGUUGAAGGCUUCAAGUCUCUCUUGUCUAUCUGUUGCAACCAUCUGCACAACAGUGAGACAAUCUUGAACAACAUCGGCCGGCUGGUGUCAGCGGCAACAAACUUCAAGCAUGAGGAAGCUCUUUGCUCGGCCUUCCUAGAACUUCUUGCCAUGGCUAACAAGAGCUCGAAAGGCUCAAGCUCGCUUGAAAGUCAAGAUUAUAUCGGCGAGCUGGUCUGGGGCUUCAUGAUGGAAUUCUCGGGAAACAGAGACAUCAUCAAGAAUGGGAUGUCAGUUGUGUCAGCGUUUCCUGCCCCUCCUCUUGUUCAUCAGCAAGAAGAGAUGCGAACUCGGGUAGUGAACAUCGUCGUUGACUGUCUUGUCAAGAUGUGGGAGCUCAAAAAUGUCAGGCAAGCUUGUUACCACAGCCUUGCAAGCUUUGCAGAUGUCGAGAUAGAAGAAGAGCUUGAUGUUUUGCCGGCCUUUCAACUCGUCCUGACGAGUGUCAGAGAGGAGAUAGGGAAUGAGAGGAGCAAUAUCUUACGAUGCAAGACCUUGCUCUUUCUCACUCGCUUACUUCCCUUGUAUGCGAUGGAUGACUUCAAUCAAGACAUCAUGGAGACAUUCUCUGAAUGCCUUCAAACUUACCAAGGAGACAUCUCCACAAUCGUUGUGCUGUUGGAUUGUUGCAUUCGAUUCAUCUGCAAGGUCAAGUACUCGCAAGAUCUCAACCGGCACAUCAAAGAAAUUGUCAAGUUGACACGGCAGCAUCUUUCAGACUCUCCGACUCUCCAGUCGAGACUCUGCGAACUCUUUCAGCAUGUCAGCAAGGCCGAGGCUGUCGAUGAGGAAUGCGACUCGGCCAUGUCAGAAGUGAUUGAAGGAUUGUCGUCUCCCAACCAAAGCAAGAUUUUGAACCUCAUUGCAUCGUCACCGGACAAGUUCUCUAGCAAGACGCUUCAACGAGCCGUCAGCUUCAUCUACCAUCACAUCUCAUCUGAAGACAACUCCGAGGAGCGCGUUUGUCAAUGUAUAGACGACCUGCGCAGGAUCUUUCAAACAGUCAAAGCUGAUAAGUCAUACACGUUCAAGACAAGCACAAGCUUCAUGUCUUCUCUAGUGCAUGUCCUCAAGUCCAAGACUGUGAGCGUGGAGAACAGAAUUCUCACCUCCCAUAUGAUCAUGUUGCUCGUCCAAGACCAGUCAGAGAACUGCAUGUUGUUCGCGGAGCAAGAUGGUAUCACAGCAGUUCUCACCAUGUUGGACGAGGUGGAGGACGAAACUUCAGAGAACGUCUCACUGACCGCCAACGUCUGCGCCAUUCUCACGUGCUUGGCUGACGUAUCCCUCAAACUUCGUGUCUGGAUCACCAACGAGGAUGCGGUCAGGCGACUGCUGCGCCUCGUAUCUCAACCGCAAGACAGGCUUGAGAUUGUCUGCCGUGUCGUUGCCUCGCUCAACAAGCUUUGCGAAAACAAUCUGCAGGGUAUCGAACAACUUGCAAGCCAGGACGGUGCAGGCAUUUUCAUGAAUCUCCUCCAACAGCAGAAGAGCAACGCUGCUAUUGUUGAGGCCUCUCUGCAGAUACUAGACAAGCUGUUCUCAAAGUCAUACAAGGAUCGAACAAACAAGACCAUCUCGCACGUGUUUGCAGCAAUGUGGUUACAUGAGAAUUCAGAGGAAAUCCAGUAUCAUGGUUGCACCAUCCUGUUUCACAUCGUGCAGAGCAAAGUCAUCAAGGACUUGUCGCAACAGCUACCAAACCUUGUGUCAGUCAUCAAGUCAAGUUUGUUGUAUCACUUCACGGCGAAAAACUCUCGAAGUGCAGCUCAGCUCUUGCACGAGUUGUACAAGCAACUGCCGUCAAGUUCCACCCUUGUUCUUGAUGAGAGACUGGCCAAACAAGUCAUCAGUGCGCUAGAGGCGUUCGGAUCAGAUCACGAGGUCGUAGAUGUCGUUGUGAAGCUACUUCAUAGAUCGCUCUUGUGCUACAGGGACUCGCCAAUUUCUCGAGAGGCUGUGAAGCAAAGUGUGAUCACAACUCUGUCGAACAUGAUGAGUUUACAUCAAGACAAUGAAGACUUGCAGACAACGUUUCUGCGACUAUUUCAUGCUGUCUUGCUUGACAACAAGUGCAUAAUAUCUGAUGACACCAUGAAAGAUCUUGCCCUUGGUAUUCUGCAUUCUCUCGAGCUGUUUGAAGCGCCGACGCUGAGAAUCUAUGCAAGCAGAAGUCUGUCGAGCAUCUUGUCAAGAAAUGAGAGCAUGCAGGCGAUGGCGAGAGAGACUAAUUUCAUCAGCGUCAUAACUUCUCUACUUGAAGACUCUGACGAAGAGCAUCUUGUUCUUGAAUCUGUCUUGAUGAUGAUCGAUAGCUUCUCACGAGGCAAUGCUGCAAAUGCAAACUCACUCUAUUCCGCCGGCGUUUCCAAGACCAUCUUCAACGUGUUGCUUACGAAUCAAGAUCCCAUGGUCCGUGAGAAGGCGUCGUCGACGCUAUCUACUCUUGCUGCUUCACAUGAUGACAGAUCAAAAGAUAACUUCACUGAUGAUGACCUGUUGGCAAUCAAGAGCUUUUUUGAUGACACCAUGGACGCAGUAAUAUCAGAACCCACGAUCAUGUCGACAUGCAGAAUCAUCAGCAGCUACGGUCUACAUCAGACAGAGAAUUUCUGCAAUGUACUCAUUCAUCCCAUCUUCAAACAGAUCGUCGCCGACUACCUGCAGCCGCAGCGCCGCCAGCGGGGGCUUCUCUUGCUCUGGGGAAUAUUCUCGGAGAUCGACUGCAUUCGGAGGAUAGAGGAGGAAACGAUAGCAGAACUCGUUGACGUGUUGUAUCGGAUCGUCAAAGACAGAGAAGCUUCAAGCAAGGACGUGCAGAUCUCACUUGCGAUCUUGGCUGAUAUUUGUGAUAAAAGCAGCAGUUCAUCGCAGUGCUUUGCAGCACAAGAUGGCAUUCAGAUAUUCUUAGAUCUUGUUGAAAGUUCUCAAGAUCCAAGUGUUGUGGCAUGUGCGUUGAAAUUGCUGCAUGCCGUGCUAUCAAGGGCCGGAGAUGAGUUCGUGCGGUGGGAUAUCUUUAUUCAUUUCUUCUCCAGCCUCAGGGACAGUAUGAAAUCAGAAGAUGUUCUGGAGCAAUUAUUGAGAAAUUUACAUCUUGCACUCAGCAAGGACAACACGUUACUAGAGCGGUUUACAGAUCAGCAUGGGCUUGACUUGCUUGUUGAAAUGAUGAAGACUCAUUCAACAUCUUUCAAGAUCCUGCAACUCUGUUUUAUUAUCUUGUCCAUGUUCUGUGAUGCAAAGUUCAAGCAGAAGAUGGAAGGGCUAGACGUGUUUAUUCUCACCUUGCAAGUGAUGAGGGUACAUGACAAGGAAGUGAUCAUUCAGACACACUGCUGCAAGCUGGUCGCGUGGUACGCCUGGAUGUUUCCUUCCUCUCGCAACCUGGUCGGAGAACGGGAGGGGGUGGAGAGAAUCGUUUGUGCAAUGCUAGAGUUCGUCGAUGAUAACAAGCUACAGCUUGCGGCGUGUGAUGCCUUGGCGUAUCUGACGAAAGAGCAGCACAAGAACGGCGUGACGCUUGCGAGCAAGGGAGGAAUGGAGCUCGUGCUAGCUGUCAUGAGAGCUUUCUUAAACAACUCAACCAUCUUGGAAGUUGCAUGUAUGAUCCUCUCAAAUAUCGCUCAGAUCGCCUUCAAGUAUUGCACCUCAAUCGUCGAGCUCGGGGCUGUUGAGCUUCUGCUCGAAGCGAUGCAAGGCCACCCGGAGAGCUCGAGGCUGCAGGAGCGAGCAUGCUUCGUCUUGUGGAGCCUGGCGAGAUCUGCAGCCCUCAAGAGAUCUAUGGACAGCCGCGUCAUCAUCAGCAGGAUAACGUUUGCUCUGGACAACCAUCACACAGUACCGACAGUGCUGGAGUACGCAUGCUCAGCUCUGGCCGUCUUCAUUGAUCAGGAAGGCAUGCUGUCGGCAUUUCAGAAUGACGCCGCCACUCAUCUCUAUCUUGCCAUCCAGCAUAGCAUGGCUGUUGCUCAGGCGCAGCGAGCAGCUUGGCGGCUGGUGCAUCUUCUUGCUGUCAAGUACGGAGACAGUGAAUUCCUCAUGUUGAAGUCGAGAGCGAUCCCCCUCGCCCUUGACGUUCUUCUAGUCAACAUGGAGACUCUGCAAGUAGUGCAGGAUUGUCUGAAAGCCCUGCUGCCACUGGCACAGAAAGUCACAUGGCAUGCCGAGGACGAGUCUCUGAAGCAGGAUGUCAUCAGGGUUGUGAAUCAGGUGCUGGCACGAUACGGGAAACAAGACGAAUCAGUCCGUCGCACAAGUAGAAGGAUCUUGAAAGAACUAGACAGAUCCACAAGGGCUUGUCUGGGUUGUUUUGGUUAA